CUCGCCCGGCCCGCCCGUUCCCGGUGCCCUUGGCGCGGCCGCUGCGGGUCCCGGUGGUGGCGCGAGCAGCGGAUGAAAUCCUUUUUCCCCGGGUCAGCGGUUAGGAUUAUUUCUGAGAAACCCAGCAGUCAUGGUGAAUUUCGCCCAAGCUGUGCGUGAACACUGGGUUCACAUCCUUGUUCCCUUAGGAUUUGUGAUUGGAUGCUAUUUGGACAGAUGGAAUGAUGAAAGAUUGUCUGCCUUCAGAAACAAGAGCUUAUUAUAUAAAAGGGAGUUGAAGCCUGGUGAAGAAGUAACUUGGAGAUAAAAGCUGAUGAUGAAAAGGAAGACAUUUUUGCUUUAUUCAUCGUCUUACCACACAUGUUGAAAUAACAGGAAUAUGAUUUUUACCCUGAGAGGAUACUACAGUAAAGGACAUCUGCAAUUCAUCAGUGCUAGUUUAAUAUCUGGUGUUAUUUUUUGAAGUUGAUUUAAUUACAUGACUAAUAUGUGUUCAGGAAUUCCAUUAGUCCAUAAGCAUUGAGAAAAUUUUCUUCCCUACUCUGGAAAGGAGAGGAAGAAUUAUAGAAUAAACUAUGCAAAAAUCA